CGCACGCACGCGGCAUUGCGCGGGAAAAGGCGGGCGUCAGUCGUAUCCGAUAUGUGCGCGCGCGCAGACGCACCACGUUACCGUUUGUAGGUUAGGAUUGGCGCGGUUUCGUCCAUCCGCCAGGUGCUUGCGACUAUACGCUCCCCCACUCUAGCAGCCCGCACUUCCUAUACUCCAUCUCGCUCCCUACCUGCACGCAACAGCUGUUUUCUCCGGAGAUUAGUCAGAUGUUUCUCGCGAACCAGUCGGAGCUCACCUGACGUUUUUAGUUGUACUAUGGCGGCUGGAGGACGUACGCCCAAGCAGAGGAGGAUCGAGAUGUCCGCGGCUCUCAGGAGACGAAGAGGAAGCUGCAAGUGCCUGUUCGGUGCACCCGACCGGGACGAGACCAAGCUACUGAUGGCGGAACAGUACGCCAGGGAGAGGAAACGGUUCAUCAGAAGAUUCAACUUUGACAUUGAGACACAAUGCGCGUAUAAAUCAGCCAAAUUGGAUUCCCCAGUGAAGUUUAGUGAGGAAGAUAAAGAAAACGCUGAAAGUCCAGUUAGGACUGCAGCAGCAAUUUUAAGUUGUGUUGCUAAUACAGACUUGAGGAUUAUGGGAUCUCCAUCAAGAAGAAGUGUUGGGAGCAAUAGUAAUUCACCAAGGACACCUCGCACACCCAGAACGCCUAGGGCUUCCCGGACACCCCGCACCCCGCGCACCCCCGCAUCUAGAAGACAGCUGCAAAUGACAGAUUAUUGGACAGCAAAGAAGCAUUCAGACGGGGCCAGUAGCGACAAAGAAAAUUAAAAUUUAUACGUAUACAUAUCUAUAAAUUAUUUAAUUAUAAGCUAAGUAGUGCGUAGUAUAUAUAAAAAAUUAUCUUCCUGUUUGCUUGUUGGAAAAAAUACUAAAUAUUUUUUUGAGUUGGUUAAUGUUUUUGCCCCUUUUUCGAUUUUUAAUCUACUAAUAAUGCAAUGUAACUAAAAAAGAGAUACCACCUCUUUCCAUGGAUCUCUGUCGUAGGAGGCGACUAUUAAAAUUGUCAAUUUAGACAAAAUGUCACAUGCUAAGUUUCGUUUGGUAAGCAUUAAUAUUGAUCUCAAUUUUAUUCGACCAAAUGAAAUUUAUACCAAAAGCAAUUUAGCUUAACGAUAAAAUUAAAAUUUUGGAAAACAAAUGUAUAGUUUUAGAGGCUACAAAAUUUUACUUAAUUCAGCUCACGGGAACUUCUUUUAGAUUUAAGUACACAGAUUCCAAAGGAAUCGUAUUGUUAAUUAAAUUUACGGUACGCGGGUGCUUCUGUAUAGAAAUUUUUAAAUUUUUGUAGGUAUAAUUUUGAUUUUAUUAUUAUUUAAACUUACCUUAUUAGUAUUUCUGACCCCUAGAUUGAUACAGAUUUUCGCUUCCAUGGUAAUUUACAAUGCUUUUUUAGUACUAAUAUUUUUUGCCUUUCAACGAAAUUUGUUUAGUGAUUUUUGUCUAUGUCAGUGUAUAUUUUUAAAAGUUUUUUUUUAUAAAUUUCAAAAGUAAAUUGCUUGAAAUUAAACUUUGUAAGUAAAUUAAGUAAAAAGGCGAUAUGAAAAAAUAAACUUCCAAAUGCAUGUCAAAAGCAUGUUGCCGUAUAAAAAAUGCAAUAUUUUAUGAAGUAGGUACCUAUAUUUUUAAGGAAUGUACAUUUUUUUUAAUAUUUAUUAUUAUUUUCACUGUCAUUCUUAAAUGUCCUUCAGAAAGUGGAACGUCUACUUUUCAUUGUAUUUUUACAUUCUUAAUUUGUUAGUUCCUUUGUAAAUGAAAAAUAAUGGGAUAGUCAUUUAAAUAUUCCGUUAAGUAUUUUCAUGCAAAUCCCUUUUAUUUUUUUAAUAUGGAACAGGUUUUAAAUUAAAAUUAGCCUUUUCAAUUCGCGUUUUCAUUGUAAUAAUUUGUUAAUUUGAAUAUGUGAUUUUUUAUUUCUAAUUUAAAUAAAAAUUCACAUCAUAUAAUUAGCAAAUUCUCAACAUAUAUAUAUGUACACAAAAAUUGUAAUAUUGAAAAUAGGUGCUUAUUUUACAUUUAAAUUAUUGGCAGCAAAUACAGGAGAAUAUUGAGGUAAUUUUUUACAAAGCAUUUUAAAGAACGUCCUAUGUAUUUACAAGAACGACUACACUUACACCAUUUACUUAUUUCAUCUAAUUUCUUUAAUUACUUGAAAUGAGUAGAAAAUAUUUUUUACUGCUACUUAUGUUAACUUUUAAGUAUUAUAUUAUUAUAUGAAAUGUGUUUUUGAAAAACACAACGUCCUGUUUAUUUAGACUAAUGAACAAUUACGCUUUUUGUAAAUUUAGAGUUAAUAAAAUUAUGUAAUUUAA